CUCCACCCGUUUCAUUAACACUGCUCGAGUGGGUUUUGAGCCGCGAGAGAGAGAGAGAGAGAGAGAGAGAGAGAGAGAGAGGGAGCAGAGAUGACAGCGGAGAUGGUGGAAGGAAGUACGGAAGGCCUAGGGCAUUCCAAUGGCUUUGCUGGGUUUCAUAACGAAAACGGGAAAGGAGGAAUUCCUGGCAAGAAAUCGAAGGAGAGCGAAAGGCGAAGACGCCGUAGGAAGCAGAAGAAGGCCAACAAAACAUCCCAAGUAGCCGCCACCAACGGUGCCUCCGCUGCCGACGACGAAAGUGAAGAUGCAGAUGAUGCUAAAGAGAACACCGAUCCACAGCAGGUACUGGAUACCCUAGUUGAAGUGGAAUAUGUUCCUGAGAAGGCGGAGAUAGAGGAUGAUCUGCUGGAAGAUUUCAAAAAGGUUUUUGAGAAAUUCACCUUCAGUGAUGCUACGGCCGGCGCUGAUGAUAUUGACAAGAAAGAUGAAACGGCUGCGAAUGCGGCAUCUGAUAAGAAAGCGGCUUCCGAUUCCGACGAGGAAGAGCAGGACACGCAGCAGAAAGAGAAGGGGGGAAUUUCUAAUAAGAAAAAAAAGCUACAACGUCGGAUGAAGAUUGCUGAGUUGAAACAAAUUUGCCAAAGGCCGGAUGUUGUCGAGAUAUGGGACGUGACAGCGGCAGACCCAAAACUUCUUGUGUAUCUGAAGUCAUACCGCAAUACUGUUCCUGUACCAAGGCAUUGGAGUCAAAAGAGGAAGUUCUUACAGGGGAAGCGGGGUAUUGAGAAACAGCCUUUUCAACUUCCUGAUUUCAUUGCUGCUACUGGGAUUGAAAAACUAAGACAGGCUUACAUUGAAAAGGAGGACAACAAGAAAUUGAAGCAGAAGCAGCGUGAACGUAUGCAACCAAAGAUGGGAAAAAUGGAUAUUGAUUAUCAGGUUCUUCAUGAUGCUUUCUUUAAGUACCAAACUAAACCAAAACUGACAUCAUUUGGUGACCUGUAUCAUGAAGGGAAAGAAUUCGAGGUGAAGCUAAGGGAGAUGAAGCCCGGAAUGCUGUCUCAGGAGCUAAAGGAAGCUCUUGGGAUGCCAGAGGGUGCCCCUCCUCCAUGGCUCAUCAAUAUGCAGAGGUAUGGUCCUCCACCAUCGUAUCCACAUCUUAAAAUUCCUGGCUUGAAUGCUCCCAUUCCUCCUGGCGCUAGCUUUGGGUAUCAUCCUGGAGGUUGGGGUAAACCUCCCGUUGAUGAAUAUGGGUGUCCUUUAUAUGGAGAUGUCUUUGGGGUCCAACAACAAGAACAGCCUAAUUAUGAG